ACCGUGAAUCGAAGGUGCAGCAAAUUCGCCAGUGUGAAAAUCCUGGUGUUCGAGCUUUUCGGGGUAAAGUGUUGUGGUUUUGGUGUUACAUUUAACAUGAUUAACACCGCCUGUUGUUAACACACUAUAUAGUACAGGGUUGGAUCAUGGUGUUAAACAUAUUUAACGACGGAUAGUGUGUUCUCUCAAUCCGGGUACUUUUACGUGAUGUGCGUGAAAUUAUUUAGAUCUCCGCCAUCUUUUUGAUGCAAUCAUCAGUCUCGAGAGACCGCAGUCCGUGACGCAUUUUCUCCGUCAAGUCUCAGUCUAACGGAAGCAGCCAUCAGUCCGUCUUGCAGCAAGUGUGAUCGCUUGGCCUCGCCCUCGACAGACUGCAGUCAGUGAGUGACGCAUGUGUUCUUCUGCUCCGUGCGGAAGCAGCCAUCUUGUGUGACCUCGACAACAGACUGCAUGCAGUGAGUGAUGAUACGUUAUCUCGAUAACGUAUCAUCACUCACUGUAUUCAGUAUUCCCGCGCCUGCUGGACACUAAAGGAUUGAUUCUCCAAGACCUCAGUCUCCUCUUUGGGUCAGAAACUCCAUCCAAACUACUGGAAAAGUGGCCAACCUCCUUCAAAGCAAAGGUCAUCCAACAGGCAGAAAUGCUGACUUCCACACCCUUGCUGAAGCGCUUGUUGUUGUCUGCCAAGAACCAAAGGGCUGAUGAACCAUCACUGGAAUCACCAGAGUGGGACAGUGAUAUGGCAUCCAUUCUCCUCCUUCUUCACCUCCUGUCACCCCAGCCUGCGGGAAGGAAGAAAGCCCAGAAGAUCAGUGUAGCUCAGGCCAUUGACCAGCUGGUCGUAUUUCACAAGGGAAAUGACCAAGGCCCUAAAUCCCAAGUACACGCCUCCCUCCAGAGAUAGCUUGAGCAACGAAUUGAUUCCUGCCUGGUAUAAGGUGGAAAAAUCAAACGUUGUAUUUGAGCUAAGUGGUGUUGGCAAAGUUGCCAUAACCAGCGACGGCUGGACAAGCAUUUCUCAAGACCAUUACCUUACAGUGACAGCUCACUACAUCAUUGAGGGAAAGAUGAGACAAAAAGUGCUCAGAACAAAAGCCAUCUACACAGCCCAAACAGGACAAGUGGUGGCUGAAGAAAUUGGAGAAAUUCUGCAAGAAUUUGGCAUUAUGAAUAAAAUAGCGGCUGUCACUGUUGAUAAUGCAGCGAACAUGGAUGUGGCCAUUAAAAGGCUAAAUUUCAUAAAGCUAGGCUGUUUUGCACACACACUUAAUCUUGGGGCACAAACUGUCUAUUCUCUGGCAUCGGUGACAAAAUGGACAGCAAAGAUCAGGGGUGUUGUCGUCUGGAUGAAGCGUUCAUCCAUGGGAAAGACUGUGCUCCGGGAAAAGCAACAACUCCUAAAUCUGCCAAAACACUCUCUAAUUCUUGAUGUGAGAACUCGUUGGAAUUCCCUCUACAUGAUGUUGGAACGAUUCAUUGAGCAAUAUCCUGCCAUUCAAGCAGCCAGCCUCGAUCAGCGUCUGAGAAAGCCAAUGGAGAGGGACCGACUUGCUCGACUGACAGAGGAUGAUUUUAGAAGGGCAGAGGAAUUCAUCCAUCUGAUGAAAGUGUUAUACACAUCCACACUCUGUGUUUCCUCUGAAAAGAGCCCCACUUGCGGUCAGAUCCUUCCAAUUCUACGAAAGCUUGAGAAGCAUUUCAGUGUUGAAGAGGGAGACACAGUGUUGGGGUCCAGCCUGAAGCAGGCUGUCUGGGGAAACCUUUCUAAGCGGUACCAAACUGAUGGCAUCAGAACGUUUCUUGAAGAGGCCACUGCAUUAAACCCUCGUUUCAAAAACCAUGUGGAGGACAGCACUGUCUGGGACCGGAUCAAGGAGAAGGUGAUGGUAGGAAAGCUGACUGAGUCUGAACAGCCAACAGAACAGGACCGUGGUGAAGAAGAUGGUGUAACACAGCAGCAGUCUCUCACUCAAAGAGAGAAUGAGGAGGAAGAAGAUGGAGAGGAGAGUGAGGAAGAGCAGGAGCAGCCACCUCCCUGCAGCAGCAAGAGGGCUAAAAUGACUCCGCUUGAGGAGCUUUUUGCAGCUGAAGACAGCCUGAAGAUAAAGAACUUAUCAACCAGCACCAUGUCCACCCAGCUCCAGACUGACAGAGAGCUGAAGAUGUACCAAGACAUGCCACCAACAAUGACAUCUGAUGACCCUGCUGCCUGGUGGUGGAACAAAAUAACCACUUAUCCUUUGCUCUCAGAGGUGGCCCUUUCAUAUUUGUGUGUGCAGGCUUCCUCAACCCCUAGUGAGAGGGUUUUCUCCACUGCUGCAGAUACAAUUUGCCCAGAAAGAUCACGCAUACUACCAGAAAAGGCUGAUAUGCUGAUUUUUCUCAACAAGAACUGUUGAGUUAGCCAGGUGUUGUGCACUCAAUGCACUUUAGUUCAACCAUUUGGCCCUUGUUAUUGUUGCUCGAACUGACUUUUUCUUUUUUCUCAAACAGGAGGACUUAUAUGACUUAUGUGUAUUAUGUAUGUCUGUAGGUUUCCUGCUGCUACCUCAGUUGAUAUAAAGCACAGCUAUUGUGUAUUUUAUUUAUUUAUAAAAAUGUCAGUACCUUAAAGCUUGAAAGAAUAAAGAUAUUUUUGUUAUCUAAACA